AUGGCCAACACCAAUGCUAUUUCGGUGGCGGGCAAGCUCAGCCUAAAGCUCCUCAUCAACACGGCCGCGCAAAAAGUCUUGUUUGCGGAAGCUGGCAAAGAGGUAGUGGACUUCCUAUUCAGCCUCCUCUCGUUUCCUCUUGGCUCCAUCGUGAAGCUCCUCUCCAAGGACCGCAUGGAAGGCUCCAUUGGCAAUCUGUACAAAAGCAUCCAGGAACUCGACGACUCAUACCUUCAAAACAGCAAAGGAAAAUCCAUCCUGCUCAAUCCAAUUCACUCCCCCUCUCCCUCCCUGCUCCUCCCGGGACCCUCCUCCUCCUCCUCUAAGAAUGUUUACUUCCACUGCGGCAAUCGAAAUUACUCUGGCUGCUAUGAGUGCGUUUCCAAAGUGAAUGGAGCGCUCUGCCCCCACUGCAAGAAUAAGAUGAGUAAACAAAUGACAUACGUCGAAGGUGGUGAGAAGGAUGACAACGUGGAUCCAAAUGUAGGAUUUGUGAAGGGCGUUGUGACGUAUACUAUCAUGGACGAUCUGACGGUGACGCCCAUGUCCAGCAUCUCUAGCAUUACCCUCCUAGGUAAGUUUAACGUCAAGAAUUUGAACGCACUUGUCGAGAGGGAUGUGACAAUAGGCUUCAACGAGGUAAUAUUGUUUAUUCUUGGUAAUAAUCUCUAUUUCUUGGGGAAAAAAAAUAAUAUGCGUGAUUUGGAGGGGCAGGCACUGGAGGUGUUGGAGAUCUCCUUGCGGUCGACGAAGUGCCUCACCGGCGUGUUUCUUGGCAAGAAGUAA